CGGAGCGCACCCACGUCCCCCGCGCCGAACUAAGCGGGGCGCCCUGGGCCCGUCCGAUCUAGGAACCGUAGUGCUGCGGCGUCAGCCACCCUCCGAGCCGCGGCGCAGCGCUGCACAUCGUUCCCUUCCCCGCCCCAGCCGCCGGACCUGGCUGCUGGCGGCUUCCGGCCGGGCGGGCGCGCGGUGCUAUGGGGAGGCAGCGGCAGUUCCUGGAGGUGGCAGCGGAGCUGGUGGCGGGCGGCUGCCCGGGCCAGGCGCGGUUCCUGCUGUGGACGCUCCGCAGCUCCCGAGAUAAUGAAGGUGGAUUUGAAGGAAUAUGCCCUUACUGCUUCCAGUUCCUGGCUCCUGACAGCUGCCGGGUGCGUCUCAAACCGAAGAUGAAACUGACUCCCCAGAUAGAGAAGGUUCUUAAACGAGAGGUGAAGAACCACAACCUUGAUAUGAAACAGACAAAGCUUUUGAGAAAGUACAGGGAGUCAAGAAGUGUUCUGCUGGUUACUUGCAACUUGUGCAACAAAACAACAAGACAAUAUGGGAGAAGCAGGGCUGCCAAGACAGCCAGCUUUUGCACUCCAAACAAGAAAUCUAGCCUGAGAACACCAGAUGUAAAAAUACAAUCUGCAAACAAAGCGACACCUGUAAGCUGCAGUAGGUUGGGAUAUAAAGGAAGCAGUCCUUCAUCUUGUCCCAGAACGCGUGCAUCCAGACAGGAGACAACCAGUUCCGCUUCCAAGACUCCCCGAAGCUCCAAACUUCACUUCUCAAAGCUAAAACAGAUGCUCAGCCUGGAGGAAAAACAGAAAAGCCAGAAGGCAGAUUUGAAGACCUUUCUGAGUUUCCUUUAGUUACCUCUUAGUUCAAAGGGAUGAACAUUGCAGCAAUAACCAUUGGUCCAAUUUUAAUAAAUGAGCAAAGCAAUUUCUUUAA